UUUCAGCUAUCAGGCUAUGUCACUUCCGGGAUGUAUCGGCGAGCAAAAUGACAGCUGGUUUAUUUUUAAUAACAAGGAAAAAUCUAAGUAGACAUCAAAGUGUCAUGUGGUGAGCGGUCCUCUCUGUCCUGGUCUGCCUUGAGCAACUGACCAAAAAGGGACCAGCAAUUCUUCUGCAGACAUCUUCCAGACACAGCACUGGAGCCAUCAUUACAAACGCAACAAGACAGUGAGCUGUGAUACUGGUCAAGUCAAAGGAAAGGUCUCUUCAGGUGAGCGGGGGCUGUUCAGCAGGACCAAGCCAUGGAGCCUCCACAGGACGUGUUUGGCCGUACCUUUGUCGAGGUCAUGAGUGAAAAGUACAGCCCAGAGAACUUUCCUGUCCGCAGAGGGCCCGGUAUAGGAGUGGUGGUGGUGCCCAUCACAUGUCCUCAAGGCUCCCCUAUGAAAGACCGUCUGAACCUGCCCAGCAUUCUGGUGCUGACCGGCUGUGGGAUCAACAGGGCCGGAGACCAGGCUGAGAUCGCUGCUUUCUGCGCACAUGUCAUAGAGCUGGACCUGUCUCACAACAAGCUGCAGGACUGGCAAGAGAUCAGUAAAAUCGUGUCUAACAUCCCCAACCUGGAGUUCCUGAACCUGAGCUCGAACCCCCUGGGAGGAGUGACCCUGGAGCCGCGAUGGGCUGAAUGCUUCUCCCGGGUCAGACGCCUCGUCUUCAACAACACCCAGGUGUCCUGGGACACCCUGCUGCUGCUCACCAGGGAGACAACUGAGCUGGAGGAGUUGUUCCUGUGCCUUAAUGAGUACAGUAGUGUGAGUGCCUCCAGUAUGGCCUGCCCCAGCCUGCGCCUCCUUCACAUCACCGACAACAGCCUCAAGGACUGGGCCGAGGUCCGCAAGUUUGGCUCCAUGUUCCCCAGUCUGGACACGCUCAUAAUGGCAAACAACAACUUGGCCUCCAUUGAAGACAGCACGGAUAUCCUGCUGAGGCUCUUCCCCAAACUACGCAGCAUCAACCUGAACAACUCAGGACUUAACCGAUGGGAGGACAUUGAGAAGCUCAACUUCUUCCCCAGGCUGGAGGAGGUGCGGCUGCAGGGCAUUCCCUUACUGCAGACCUACACCAACACAGAGCAGCGCAGCCUCAUGGUAGCACAGCUUCCUUCAAUAUCACUGCUUAAUGGCAGUGUUGUGACUGACAGUGAGAGAGAAGACGCAGAGAGAUUCUUCAUCCGAUACCACCUAGACUACCCUGAGGAGCAGCUGCCUUACAGAUACCAUUCCCUAGUAACCAAGUAUGGGAAGCUAGAACCUCUCGCUGAGAUCGACCUUCGACCUCGCUGCCGUGCCGAGGUGGAAGUUCACUGUGAGGAAAAAGUGGAACAGCUGAGCAUCCGUUUGGACCAGACAGUAGCUGAGCUGAAGAAGCAGCUGACAACAGUGGUCCAGCUGUCCACCAGCAGCAUGAGGAUCUACUACAUCGACAAGUGCAGCGCCUUCGGUCCGGAGGAAAUGAAGUACAAAACCCGGGCUCUGCACUCCUACAGCAUUCAGGACGGUGAUGAGAUACUGGUGGUGCCGAAGACCAAGUUAAAAGCUGGUGUCCAACUGCCGAAAUAGGGUGAUGAUUGAUUAAUUUGAGUAUGCGUUAACUGGAAUCACGAAAUAAAUGGAAAGCGCAUAUGGAA